AUGGGCGAACCAACUGUCAACGGCGAAAAGCCAUCCUCUCAAUUCCUUCACGAACUCGCCACUAUUCCUCUGAUCUCAGACUCUAUCACCUACCUCAAAAGCAACCCAUACGGACAGAAAUCCCUUCAACUCGCGGACAAAAGCUACUCAACAUAUGCCAAGCCUGUCCUCCCCUUACUCUCCAAGCCGUUCCACUACGUUGCCCCUUACGUCGCCAAAGCAGACUCCCUAAGCAGCCAAGGGCUCAAGCGCGUCGAGGACCGGUUCCCCAUCGUCAAAGAAGAUACGGAAAAUAUCAAGGGAACCCUGAAGAAUUAUGUCGACAAGCCAUUUAAGGUUGUGCAGGAGGGCAAGCAGCAUCUGCUCCAGGUUUAUUCUACAGAGUAUAAGAACUGCGGGGGUGGCGAAGGGUAUGUAAGUGUUGGCAAGGCGGUUCUUAUUACCGGCAUCAUCAUUACAUCAGAGUCUUUGGAGUGGUUGAAGGGGUUUAUUAUGAAAGCGGAGAAAGAGACCCAAAAAGGCGUUGGGAAGGUUGCUAAGAAGAUCCAUUCGGAGAAGGUUGCUUGA